AUGAAUUGUCUACUAGUACUAGCAUUACUGGUAGGCCUGACGACCAGUUUACCAUUAAUGAAAGGUCGUUUUAUUUCUUGGAAGUUGAAUGGAAAGAACCAUCAAGCACCAUUCCUUGGACAACCUGAACAAAUUCAUCUGUCUUAUGCUGGUAAGUACUAUACAGUAAGCUAGAGUACCUAUGAAUAGGCCCUUCGACUACUACAGUAAACAGGAAUAGGCGUUUAGGCUAUGGGGGAAGGAAGGGGGAAUACUUAAAUUUUUUAAUAUUUUAUUGUUUAUUGUCAUGUUUAGGUCACCCAUCAGCUUACUAUGUAACGUGGCUGACAUUUGAUGAUACUGAAGAGUCAUUCGUACAAUUUAGCUCUGAUUUGAAGUUUGAUCACAAGAUACCAUCAGAGAUAUCAGAGUUUACUGAUGAUGGAAAGAAACAAACCAAGAGAUACAUUCACAGAGCUGUUAUCAAGAGCAUUGAGGCUGGUAAAAGAUACUGUAAGUUUUUAUAUCUAUACCCUACAUUAUUGUACUCUACUCUAACUUACCCUAUUUCAUUCUAUUCUACCGUACUAUAGUAUACCGUAUCUAUUUUUAGCCUUGUAUACUUAUUUUCUAUGACAUAUCAUGCUGUAAUUUCAGUUUACCGAGUAGGAAGUGACUUUGGCUGGAGUAGUGUCUACAGUUUUGUUGGUCUGAAGUCGCGUGACGAUGGUGGCUACAGGCUAGCGAUCUACGGAGACUUGGGUAAUAUAAAUGCGAGAAGUUUGGGCAAAUUACAGCGACAAGCUCAAGAUGGACAGUUCGACAUGGUAAUUCACAAUGGUAUGUUGGUUACUGUGUUGUAAAUCAUAAUUACUUGGCUGUAAAUUUGAAAACUGUGGGUCAGCUAUAAAUAUAAUAUCGGGUCUGCAGUAUUGUGAAUUUACUGUACAUCGGUUUACCGUAACGUUAAAAUAACUAUUUAUAACAAUAUUGCUAUAGCUCCAGUAAAAUAAAAAUGAUAUGCCGAUUUCAGGUGACUUUGCCUAUGACAUGCACAAUAAGGAUGGCAAGUUUGGGGAUGAAUUCAUGCGACAAAUAGAGCCGAUGGCAGCCUACCUCCCGUAUAUGGUCAGUCCUGGUAAUCAUGAGAGGUCGUACAACUUCAGUCACUAUGUCAACCGAUUUACCAUGCCCGGCAGUGAUCAUAAUCUUUACUACAGGUAAUUUUAUCAAAAGUUUCUUGAAGCUGGUUGAAAAGUUUGUAUAAAAAGCAAAAGCGACAGCAGUAUCGUUGUAUUAGAGAGUUUAAAAAGUAAUGAGCCAUAUAACCCUGAAAUUUUCUAUAAAAAAUGGCUCAUUACUUUUUGAACAAGCUAAUACAUGGAAGAUUUUAACUAGUUUUUGAAACUUUUUGACUAAAAUGCCACUUUUCAUGUGACGUCUAUAACUUUUUUACUACCUUCUUGAAAGAAUAGUAGAAUAUUACUUUACUGUGUUUCAGUUAUGACCUUGGAGAUGCCCAUUACAUCGCCUAUUCAUCUGAAAUAUACUACUGGAGCCAGUUCUACGAUAAGUCCCAUAUCCAAAGACAAUACGACUGGUUGAUGGAGGACCUUAAGGUAACUUAACUUUUCUAUAACACACUUACAGUAAAUAUGCAAAAAAUUAUUUUUUCUUAACUUUAUGGUCAAUAAGUUUAUGGAAAGAUAAAGAGGCCAUGCUCAUAAAUUGAAGUCGAUUCUACGGACUUUUUGACCAAAUUUUAAAACUAAAAUUAGUUUUAAAAUACAUCAUAACAUCCUUUUUGUAAAUUUAACGUUCCAUCUUCAGAAAGCCAAUGCAAAUCGUCGUAACGUGCCGUGGAUCAUCGUAUUCGGCCAUCGCUCAAUGUACUGUAGCGAUGUUGAAGGUAACUGUGUGAAAAACGAGCGAAAGAUGAGAGAAGGACUGGACGAGGAAGGAACUUUCGGACUAGAAAAGCUAUUCUACAAAUAUGGAGUGGACUUGAUCAUUGGAGCACAUGAACACAACUAUGAACGACAUUGGCCCAUGUUCAACUUUACUGUAAGUUCGUGGGGUUUAUAGGCGGUUUUAGUGGUUAUAUUGGGGAAGUAGUACGUGUUUUACAUUUCGUAAUAUUCACAAGAUCCCAAAGGUAAUAUUUCUAUCAAAAAUUUAGUUUUUAUAUCAACAUACGUUAAGUUUUGUCACUUGAAAGUAAAAAAAAACUAAAAUUUUUCGUCUUUUAAAUUUUUUUCUCGUAUUUUACAAAAAUAAUUCAGAAUAUAUUUUUAGGUAUACAAUGGCACUGAAUCCCCAUAUGUAGAUCCUCCAGCUCCAGUCCACAUUGUAACUGGAUCAGCCGGCUGUUGGGAGAAUACCACCCACUUCCGGGAUCCAAUUGCACCGUGGAGCGCCUUCAGAUCCAGUAACUACGGCUUUAGUAGAAUGCAAAUCUUCAACAAAACACACUUGUACUUCGAACAGGUCGAGGCUGCUGCUGUAAGUUGUUUUACAGUUCUUUUGAAACCUAGUAUAGUAAAAGCUACUUUUGUUUUACGUUUACACUCAAAAAUUGAUAAAACUAAAUCAUUAAAGAUAAAAAUUAACAAAAUUGUAACUUCAGGACAAAGUAGAAGACUCGUUCUGGCUAGUAAAGUCAUCCCACGACGUUAGAGAUGGCUUAAAAUUAAAUUCUUGGCCAAAACAACAGUCAUAUCACAAUCUUUUGACAAAAUAUUAG